AAGGUGACCUCUAAUACUCUAAUCAGUAAAAAUAGUGAGUUGGUGCCGGUGCUUCUCGUUGUUCCUCUGGCAGUUGGAUUUAAAGUUUCAUCGUUUACAGCUGUUAAUACAUCGCUAUGGCCAAGCCACAGUCAGAUUCGGAGAGAAGGAAGCAGAUCAGCGUUAGGGGUAUAGCGGAAUUGGACGACGUCAACGAGAUAAAGAAGACUUUCAACAGACACCUCCACUACACCCUCGUCAAAGACAGGAAUGUGGCCACCACCAGGGAUUAUUACUUCGCACUGGCACAUACCGUCAAGGACCACCUCGUAUCGAGGUGGAUAAGGACCCAGCAAUAUUACUACGAGAAGGACCCGAAGAGGGUGUGUUACCUUUCCCUCGAAUUCUACAUGGGUAGAUCCCUCCAAAAUACUAUGAUCAAUUUAGGCAUUCAAACAUCAGUUGAUGAAGCUCUCUAUCAGCUAGGCUUAGACAUAGAAGAACUGGAAGAACUUGAAGAAGACGCUGGUCUAGGAAAUGGAGGACUGGGUCGCUUGGCAGCAUGCUUUCUAGAUUCUCUGGCUACACUAGGAAUACCUGGUUAUGGCUAUGGCAUCAGAUACGAUUACGGCAUCUUUACCCAAAAGAUUGUCAACGGAGAACAGCAAGAAGAACCUGAUGAUUGGUUGCGAUUCGGCAACCCUUGGGAAAAAGCAAGACCAGAGUAUAUGUUACCCGUUAACUUCUACGGUAACGUUAUUGAUACCCCACAAGGGAAAAAAUGGGUUAAUACUCAGGUUGUGUUCGCUUUACCCUAUGACAACCCCAUUCCGGGUUAUCAGAACAACGUAGUUAACACCUUGAGGUUGUGGUCCGCUAAGUCACCAGUCGACUUCAAUUUAAAAUUCUUUAACGAUGGUGAUUAUAUCCAAGCGGUACUAGAUCGUAACUUGGCGGAAAACAUCUCCAGAGUCCUCUAUCCCAACGACAACUUAUUCGAGGGCAAAGAACUCCGGUUGAAGCAAGAAUACUUCAUGUGUGCGGCAACCCUACAGGACAUCAUAAGGAGGUUCAAAUCUGCCAAGUUUGGUGUCCGAGAACCUACCAGAACUAAUUUUGAACUAUUACCCACCAAAGUUGCCAUCCAAUUGAAUGACACUCAUCCAUCCUUGGCCAUUCCUGAGCUCAUGAGGGUCCUGGUGGACAUUGAAGGCAUACCCUGGGAGAAGGCUUGGAAGAUCACGGUCAACACCUGCGCCUACACCAACCACACGGUCUUACCGGAGGCUCUAGAAAGAUGGCCUACGUCCAUGUUGGAGCACAUCUUACCGAGGCAUUUGCAGAUCAUCUACCACAUCAACUUCCUGCAUUUGAAAGAGGUCGAAAAGAAGUGGCCCGGGGACUGGGACAAGAUGAGGCGUAUGUCUCUCAUCGAGGAGGACGGCGAGAAGAGGGUUAACAUGGCCAGUCUCUCGAUAGUCGGAUCGCACGCCGUUAAUGGUGUGGCGAAGAUUCAUUCGGACAUUAUUAAGGCUGAUCUAUUUAAGGACUUUUACGAACUAAGCCCGGAGAAAUUCCAGAACAAGACGAACGGAAUAACCCCACGCAGGUGGCUCUUACUGUGCAAUCCAGGCCUGAGCGAUCUGAUCUGCGACAAAAUCGGCGAGGACUGGAUCGUCCACCUCGACCAACUCCAGAAAAUAAAGCAGUGGGCCAAAGACCCCAACUUCCAGCGUUCCAUCAUGAAAGUCAAGCAAGAGAACAAGCUGAAGCUGGCCCAGCUCCUGGAGAAGGACUACGGCGUCAAGGUCAAUCCCGCCUCGAUGUUCGACAUUCACGUGAAACGCAUCCACGAGUACAAACGGCAGCUACUCAACACCAUGCACAUCAUAACUCUCUACAACAGAAUUAAGAAGAACCCGUCGGCUAAAAUCACCCCCAGGACCGUCAUGAUCGGCGGCAAGGCCGCCCCGGGAUACCACACGGCUAAGAAAAUCAUAAAACUCAUCAACAUGGUGGGCAACGUCGUCAACAACGAUCCGAUCGUUGGCGAGAAACUGAAAGUUAUCUACCUCGAGAACUACCGGGUGACCUUGGCCGAGAAAAUCAUCCCGGCCGCUGAUUUGAGCGAGCAGAUUUCUACGGCCGGAACCGAGGCGUCCGGUACUGGAAAUAUGAAGUUCCAACUUAACGGGGCUCUGACGAUCGGCACCCUGGACGGGGCGAACGUCGAAAUGGCCGAAGAGAUGGGUUUGGAUAAUAUUUUCAUCUUCGGUAUGACCGUGGAGGAAGUCGAAGAGCUGAAGAAGAAGGGCUACAACGCUUACGACUACUACAAUUCCAACCCUGAGUUGAAACAGGUGGUGGACCAGAUUCAGAACGGGUUCUUCAGCCCGGGAAAUCCGGACGAGUUUAAGGAUCUGGCCGAUAUUUUGCUGAAGUACGACAGGUUCUUCUUGUUGGCCGACUACGAGGCUUACAUCAAGAAGCAGGACGAAGUCAGUGCUGUGUAUCAAAAUCAGAGCAAAUGGUUGGAAAUGGCCAUCAACAACAUCGGCUCUGCCGGAAAAUUCUCCAGCGACCGCGCCAUCAUCGAAUACGGGAAAGACAUCUGGGACGUAAAGCCCAACUACGAAAGGCUUCCCGACCCUUCCGUUCCCAGGGAAUUGGCCCUGAAAGAUAAUUAACUCUGUCGCCGCGACGCAACUUUUGUGAAGUUGCGUAAAACGUAACUGCUCGCAGUUACUUUCCAUUCGAGAGCACACACUGCGGGCACUAGAGUAUUUGCAUGUCGUGGAUAGUGAAAUUUUAUUGUUGAUGAUUAUCCGACACGGGUCGGUAUAUUUUGCCAGUGUACGUCACCGAUUAGGCUGUAGCGCAUCGUGCCAUAUGUUGAAAUUUAUCGGAUCGAAACUGUUAAUGUUUCACGAUUUUAUUAUAAAUGUCGCGCAAAAUAUACUCCUUGUGUCGUUAGGUUUUAAUCUUGUUGAAAAUAUUUUAAAAAAUUAUGGAAUACUCAUCUGUGUGUCGUAAUAAAUAAUAAUAAAUAUACUUUUUAUACAGUUUAGUUCUAUGUUUGCCUGCCAGAUUUUUUAUGCUCCACACUGUUCUAGUAUACAUAAACUUGUGUAGAAGCUGUCGGAUUUAAAUAAACUGUAUUUUUUUGA